UUUUGAACGGGAGGCGCUGUGGAAUGGCCCGCAAGAUCAUUGACCCAGCCGUCCCCGAUCGUACUCGGGGUGAAGUCAUGCCUGGAGGCGUACGCCACUGGGGCCACGGGAGAGGGAUGAUGAUUGUCCUCCUAGUAAUCUCUGCCAAGCGCAGCACUUUUUGUCAACAAACAAUUCGCCGAUGCUCCACGGCCCGCCUCUGACCAUGUCAUUUGAACGGCCCGGGACAGAUCUCUCCCUCUGACCCGAAAGCAUCGGCCUCCAAAUUGUCUUAUAUCAACCCUUGUCUUUCCAUCUCUUUUCUUCUUCACCUCAACCACUCAUCCCAAUCCCCACUAGCGCCAUGUCGACACCAGAAAAGAACCAAGGCGUCUUUUCUCUCGAGGAUGAGAAGCUUGCUACCGAGCACAUCGAAGUCGCCCCCAGCGCCACCAACUAUGACGGUGCCGAAAAGGGCCUGCCUGCCAAAAAGAAGAGGACGGCCAACAACCAGAUCGACGAUGCUGCCCGACUGCUAGAAGAAGCAGGUGGUCAUGUCGACUAUACUACUGAGGACAACAAGCGCGUCUUGCGCAAGAUUGAUCUUUUUGUCUGCUUGCCCAUGUGUCUAGUCUACUUCAUCCAGCAGCUGGACAAGUCUUCGGUAUCCUACGCGGCUGUCUUUGACCUGAAGACGGAAGCCAAUCUCCACGGCGCAGAGUAUAGUUGGCUUUCCUCUGUUGUGUACUGCGCGCAACUUGUCUGCCAACCAUUAUCCUCCUACGCGCUCAUCGUCUUGCCUGUCAAGUACUGGGUUGUCUUCAACAUGACUGCUUGGAGUAUCGUCACCAUGUGCACCGGCGCUGCCAAAAACUUUACCGGCCUCCUCCUCGCCCGAAUGUUCUUGGGCGUAUUCGAAGCCACCAUCAUGCCCUCCUUCAUCCUCAUCACCCAGAUGUGGUGGAUCCGUCGCGAGCAAUCCUACCGCACCGUCGCCUACCAAGUCGCCAACUCUUUCGCCGCCAUCCUCGGUCCCCUCCUGGCGUACGCUAUCGGUAAAGCCGUCGAAGGCUCAACCACCGUCAAGCCUUACCAAGGCAUCUUCCUCUUCAUGGGCGGUAUUUCGCUCGCUUUGGUGCCGUUCGUAUGGUUCAUGAUGCCCAACUCGCCCACUACUGCCAAGUUCUUGCGUGGCGGUAAUGACAGACUCAUCGCCAUCGAUCGGCUCAAGGACAACAACACUGGUACCAAAGCAUCCAAGUUCAAGUGGGACCAGUUCUGGGAGACGUACAAGGAUCCCAAAACUUAUAUGUGGGCUGCUAUGUGGUUGCUGUGUGCCAUUCCUAGUGGUGGUAUCGGUGCUUUCGGAGGUCUCAUUACCAAGGGCUUCGGCUUUGACACAUUCACCACUAUCCUGCUUCAAAUGCCUCCCGGCGGUAUCGGCAUCUGCACCAUCCUCGCCGGUAUCUACAUCACCAACAAGAUCAAGAUGCGAUGGCCUGUCAUCGCUGCCAUCUGCAUCUUUCCCAUCGCCGGUGCUUGCGCCCUAACCCAAGUGCCAAACAGCAAGACUGGGGCUUUGAUGGCUAGUUACUAUGUCGCUUAUCUUUUCUCGGCUAUUCAACCGUUGUUGGUCAGCUGGUGCAAUCUGAAUUGUGCGGGUACGACCAAACGAGUAUUGACAACCGCCACCAUGUUCGGUGCCCUCACUGUCGGCAACAUCGUCGGACCCCAAGUCUAUCUCGACCGCGAAAGUCCCAAGUACCACACCGGUCUCUACGUCGACAUCGCCUGCUGGUGCCUCCUCCUCCUACUCGUCAUCGCCAUGGGCUUCUAUCUCAAAGUCCUGAACCGCCGACAAGAAGCCCGCCGCGUCGCGUUGGGCAUGCCGGCCAACUUGAAGGAUGUGUCGAUUAUGGACACUGAGGAGGCGGACAGGUAUAGGGCAGAGUUGAACGAGAUGAUGAGGUCGAGAGGCCAGGGGACGGGCACAGGGAAGGGGGAGCUGAAUGAGGGUGCUUUCGAUGACAUGACAGACUUUGAGAACCCGAGUUUCAUGUAUGUCCUCUGAGUAUGCGGAAUGUGUUCUUUUUUCAGGGAUUGUGGGUGUAUCUGGAAUAUCAAUCUAUCAUGGGCUGGGAAUCAUCUUGUAGGAAAUGUAGUCUCUGUAUGUAGGGUCUAUGUACGGCUUAUAUACAAUGCAACUCAUGUUAAC